ACUUUCUGUGUGUCUCCGUGUUGUGUACCGAGGCAGGUUCAUGCCUGAGUCUCCCCGGUAGCUGCUCUCUCAGGGAAGAGUGGAGGAGGCUGAAGCCAUAGUGAGAAAGGCCACUAAGUGGAACAAAGUUCAGGCUCCUGGGGUUAUCUUUGAAGAUUACAGUAUUAAUGAGACAAAGACACAUUUGAAGGAACUCCACAGUGUCUUCGAUCUGCUGAGGAUGAGCAGCAUCAGAAUCACAACCCUCCUUCUCUGCUUUUUAUCGUUCACAAUGACUGCUGGAUACUUUGGCCUGUCCUUCAGCACAUCCCAACUCCACACUGACCUGUACAUCAGCUGUUUCAUCUCAAACAGCAUCUACCAAUCCACUAUAGUGUCUGAGUUUGACCUGGUGUGCAGUGAGCAGUGGAAGCAGCCGUUCACUUCAACAAUUUACUUCCUAGGAGUUCUUGUUGGAAACACCAAUACACAGUGCUGAGAAAAACUCCUUUUUUUAUUUACCUUGAUUAACUUGUUGGUAUUAAAUUAUAAUUUGUUUUGAAUGAUAUAGAACAAAAUAUAAAUUUAUAUUUUUCUCUUGUUAUACUUUGGUUUUUAAUUUCUUAUUUCUGUGAUGUGAACUUUCAUUUGUGACAUUGUUAGCAUGAUUGUUUCAAUUGUUAAGCAAGUUGCAAGGUCUGUAUUUUGUGUUGCUGAUAUCUAACAAGUGCCCAAUAAAACUGAAACUCUUUAUUACCUGUGUAAUCUUUAACCCGACAGUGACAAUAAAAAAAGACUGAGAAUUCAACUUAUUCUGUGGCAUUUGUCUGAGCAGAAACACAUUUCUAUUACAGAUACGACUCACUGUAUUAGAAAUGUCAAAUGUUAAUUUAAAUAUUGCAGUUGUUUGUUGUUAUAGUUUUGCAUGCCUGGCAGCUAUGGAUAUAUUAUUAUUCACUGUCUAGGGCACAGUAGUAAACAAUACUCAUAAAUUGCUGUGUCAAGAAUAUUUUUUCAAGGAGGCAGGACAAGGCUGAUUAAAUCAAGAUUGUGCAAGGCACAGGUAGGGAAUUUGAGACUAUGAAGGAUUAUGAUGACACCACAGCGUUCUUGCAUCAGUGGGGACAUUUUCAGCAGGUUGUCUUUUUCCUGCUCUGUGCCAGCAUCUUUCCCAAUGGAUUCGGUGCUUUCUCUUUGGUAUUCUUGACUGACGUUCCCAAUCACUUCUGUCUGGUUCCUGAGGUUAACUUGACCCAAGACUGGCAUGAAGCAAUUAUCCCAGUUGAGGUGGUGAAUGGGAAAGAGGAGCUGAGCAGAUGCAGCAGAUACAGGCUGGACGUGGUCAGAAAUCUCUCCGCUCAGGGAUACAUUCCUGGCAGGGACGUCAACCUCACUGACCUGGAGCAGGAGGACUGUGUGGACGGAUGGAUCUACAGCAAAGACAUCUACCAAUCCACUAUAGUGUCUGAGUUUGACCUGGUGUGCAGUGAGCAGUGGAAGCAGCCGUUCACUUCAACAAUUUACUUCCUAGGAGUUCUUGUUGGAUCCUUCUUGUCAGGACAGCUCUCUGACAGAUUUGGAAGAAAGCCUGUUCUGUUUGCAACCAUGGCAGUUCAGACAAUUUUUACUUUUGCUGAAAUCUUCUCACCUUCUUGGACCGUGUUCUCCAUCCUCCUCUUCAUCAGUGGUUUGGGACAGAUCUCCAACUAUGUGUCUGCCUUUGUACUGGGCACUGAGAUCUUCACUGGAAAUACGCGGGUCCUGUUCUCGUCUAUGGGUGUAUGUCUUGGCUUUGCCUUUGGCUACAUGAUACUGCCUCUCUUCGCUUACUUUUUAAGGGACUGGAGAUCCCUCCUGUUAGCUUUGUCUCUGCCUGGCUUGCUCUACCUGCCCCUCUGGUGGUUCAUUCCAGAGUCUCCUCGAUGGUUGCUCUCUCAGGGAAGAGUGGAGGAGGCUGAAGCCAUAGUGAGAGAUGCUGCUAAGAAGAACAAAGUUGAAGUGCCUCAAGUCCUCUUUGAUGAUUACAGUGUACAUGCUGGUAAGAUAGAGACACACCCUCAGGAGCAUCACAAUGUCUUCAACCUGCUGAGGACCAGUAACAUCAGAUAUACAACUGUCAUUCUGUGCAUGGUGUGGUUCACUCUGAGCACCGGCUACUUUGGCCUAUCCCUAAACACAUCCCGACUCCAUGCUAACCCCUAUAUAAGCUGCUUCAUCUCAGCAGCUGUAGAGGUGCCUGCAUAUAUUUCCAGCUGGCUGGCCCUGCGUUAUCUUCCUCGACGACUCUCUGUCAUCUGUAUCUUGCUCUUUGGAGCAGUGUCACUGUAUUUCAUUCAACUGGUGCCUCAAAGUAAGCAUCAAAAUUGCAAUAGAUUGAGGUUUCUCAGAUGUGAACAUUUUUGCUGCCAGAAUAAUGUCUUGUCAUCAAAUAACAAUUUAGAUGUGUUGCACAAGAUGCUGAUAGAGUGGCACCACAUGUUUCAGAUGGCAGAUAGUACUUCAAAGCUACACAUCUGCACAUCUCUACAAGCUGUAUAUGUAAUGCUAGACUCAUUCCUUGUAAGACUACAUUUCAGUCAAUCAGUUAUUAUUACCAGUGACAUCUCGCUCAAAGCUGGCAGAACUUUGCAAGUUAACAGGGCAAAACAGAAAUUCACAAAAACAGGUUUUCUAAUUCAAACAGGUACGUACAUCUCUUCCCUGAUUUUCCUGUUGAAUUCCUGGAACUGUACUUGUAAAAACACAAACUGGCAGCAUAUGACACUUACAUGAGCCUAAACAAUUAAAAUGUUUGUUAUCACAAUAUUGCCUGUAUCCCAAAAAUAUCUUUACGCCUUUUGGUCCAAGGAAAAAAAGGUUUAAAAAAGUCUCCAAAUACCAUGCAUUUAUCAAGUGCUAUGUAUCACGCAGAGACAGAAUUGUGUUUCUAUUCUCUUUAAUUUC